GCAUAUGUAGUAUCACUCAUCGUCUUAGGGAUUGCAUUGGUCAUUUCUCUUGGAGUGCAUCUUUACCAAUGGCGUGCUCGGAGAAUUUCCAAAACAGACAAAAAGUACUCUACCGAGGGACUGCAAGUGGAAGCUCACCAAAUUGGACAGGGUUUGUAGCGUUUUUGUGAAUAAUGAGUGGCAUUUUUAGUUUGUUUACACUUAUGGUAUCGGGCAUGGGUACUGGGUACUAAGUACUAUUAAUAACCAGACCCCAAGUGAAUAUCUCAAAUAGUAAAAUGAGAAUAAUUAUAAAAUAGAUUUACUCACCUCAUAAACCUCGUUAUAGCCACGUUCAUGCAAAAGCUAAGGACUUCUGCAUCUACAGAGACGUCGCUGCUAAGGAAAACGUCUUUACCAAAAAGGAAGGAAAAAAAAAAGAAUUACCCUUGUUCUGACUAACUAGUGCCGGCAAAAAAUCCACAGGCAUAAAAUGAAUACGUUAAUAACUAAAUUACUAAAAAACAAUAAUAAUUUUUUUUGUUAUGUCUUAUGCCUGUGGGUUUGAUUUUUAAUGACGAUACAACUCCCCCAUCCCCUAAAAAUAUAACACAAAAACAAAACAAACAAACAAACAAAAAAACAGACUUACAUCGUUAAGAUAUCCAAUCUUCCUUUUUUACUGCUCAAUUCUGAUUAGAUUCCAUGCAACCAUUUUCAAUCUUAGGCGAUGCAGAAGUCCCGUCUCCUAAAGUAGAAUCAUUUUAUAUGGAGCUGCAGCCUACUCAAAUCCAGCAAACGACAAGAGAUUCAGAAUAUGGAUCUCUAAUGAAGAACCCGGAAGGAGAUAGUGAUGAUGCUAAAACGAAACAAGGUUAUGCUAAUGCCGCCUUCCAUCGGCUCCCUAAACCGCGGGAAAACGAAGCAUAUCAAAAUAUAUAA